UCAAAUGCAGUUCCAAAUCCAGACGCGCGCGCUGACGAACACGCAUACUCCACCGCUGAAUCGCGGCCUCUCUAGCGACCGACCUCGGACUCGAAUCGGAUGGCAGCGGGAGCUCGAAUCGGGCGAUGCAGCCCGCGCCGCCUCCCCGCCGGCCGCCGGCCCACCGCCGCCGCCACACCCAAGGUAAGCAGCCCAUCUACGACAGGGUUCCACCACAAAUCCCCACAGCAGGUGGAGGACGAGCGCUGCAGCGCCGGUUUCUUGCCGUGGCUGCGGAGCAAGGCGGGGGCCGACAUCUCCUCGGUGCUGCGCGUCGGAACCUCGCCCCUCGGAAGGUCCCUGUUCGCUUCGCAGCCCAUACAGAAGGGGGAAUGUAUGAUGGAAGUGCCUUACAAUGCUCUGCUUACUGAAGACAAGCUCCCCGAGGAGGUCUGCAGGGUACUCGGCGGUGUUGCCGGCGACGCAACCAAGACUGCGGUGCUCCUCAUGAUGGAGCAGCGCCUCGGAGAUGAAUCAGGAUGGGCGCCGUAUGUUAGUUCCCUUCCAAGCAGAGGUCGGAUGCAUAACAUGAUGUUCUGGGCUCUGAAUGAACUUCAUAUGGUUCGAAAUAGCUCAGUUUGUGAUGAAACCAUGGUACACAGGGAACAUCUUAGGAAGCAGUUUUCAGUCGUCAAACCAGCUCUUGAACGUUUUCCACAUUUAUUUGGAGAAAUCAAGUUGGAGGAUUUCUUGCAUGCUUCUGCAUUGGUUUCAUCUCGAGCUUGGCAGACUUCGAGAGGUGUAUCGCUGAUUCCAUUUGCAGAUUUCCUUAACCAUGAUGGUGAUUCUGAUUCUAUAUUAGUAUACGACGAACAGAAAGAUGUUUCAGAGGUCAUUGCAGACAGGAACUAUGCUGUCGGUGAACAGGUUAUGAUAAGAUAUGGGAAAUACUCGAAUGCCACACUAGCACUUAACUUCGGAUUUACACUUUCUAGAAACAUAUACGACCAGGCACUUGUUUGGAUAGAUAUGCCAGAACAGGAUCCACUCUACAAAAAGAAGAUUGACAUAUGGCAAAAGCAUCAGACUCCAAAAUCUGAACACAUAUGCAGCCCUGGCUGCACUAAAACUUCUUUUGCCAUAAAGGAAGUCAAAUACUCUGGAGACAAAGCGAUUGGGGUUCCCCAGAUCCUGCGUGCAUUUGUCCGGGUUUUCUAUGCCACCUCAACUGAAGAAUUGGAGGAGAUGGCCAUGGAGGCUGCUGAAAAUGAUGGUCGGCUUGCGAGGCGUCCUUUGAAGCAUGCAGAGAGAGAAGUCCAUGCUCACCGCAAGUUGCUUUUCCACGUUGACAACAUGAUUCAAGGUCAUUCUACGGCUAUUGAGCAACUUGAAAUUGUUGAUGGCACUGCAUCCAGGAACAUGCAUCCAUUCAGAAAAGAGAUGGCUAAAGAUAUACUUGCUGGCGAGCUACAGGUUUUGCAAAGCGCUCAUGCAUGGGCUGCAAACUAUUGUGAAACUGUGAACAUGUCAUGAUCAUCUCAGCUUUAUAGGAGGAUGAAAGGGGGAGUAGCAUCACAGGCCCUGAUUCAUGGCAUUUGCUGGCUACUUGGAUCUCUGGGCGCUUUGGUUGAUAUAGAAUGCCAGAGAAAUUGAGGUGUAUGUAGCGUGCUUGCAGAAAUGUUAUGCAUGCUCAGAAUUUUGUUGAUAUAGAAUGCUAGUGAAAUUGAGGUGCAUGUAGCGUGCUUGCAGAGAUGUUAUGCAUGUUCAGAAUCUAGGAAUUUUGGAAGUUUGAUAUUUUUCCAAUGAAAUUUAUGCAUUCCGAAUGGCCCCA